UCUGCUGGUUGUCUCAGUUAGAAGUUUAGCAGCCAUGAAUCGAGCAAAGGCGGCGUUUCUCACUACCUGCCGAUUCGCCAGCUCACUCGCGGCGACUCGGUUCGACGUCAUAGCUCCGCUGCUUUAUUCUCAGGUGACUCGGUCCUCUCACCUCUCUGACUUCCUUUCAAAUCAAUCCCACUUCGUCAACACCCAUCAAAAGCUAUUCUUUUCCUCGACCCCCAACUCGGUUCUGCAACUCGUUCUGGCCAACAAGUGGUCCGCCGAGUUGGAGACCGAGUUGUCGGAGUCGUGCCCAUCACUGACCCACGAUGUAGUAAUCUAUGUUUUGAAGAAAUUGGACAAAGACCCACGAAAAGCUUGGGAUUUUUUCAAUUGGGUCUGCGAGAAAGACGGAUUUAGGCCAAGUUCUUCGGUGUUUAGCUUAAUUCUUAGGGUUUUAGUGCAUAAGAAUUCGAUGAAGGAGUUUUGGAUUGCUCUGAGGAAUAUGAAAGAGCAGGGAUUUUUCAUUGAUGCGCAAACUUAUGUGGCGAUUAGAGAGCUGUUGAAAAAGGGGAGGAUGGAUAGUGAUGUCGUGGCUUUCAAGCAUUUUUACGAGAGGAUGAUCGAAGAUAACGCGGCGGAUGAUGUUGUGAAGAGCGUGGUGGAUGUUGUUUCGGGGUCAGAGUGGAGUGAUGGGGUUGAGAAAGAAUUGGGGGAGAUCGAACUUGAGUUAUCAGAUCAUUUUGUCAUUAGGGUACUGAAGGAACUCAGGACUCGCCCGUUGAAGGCCUUGAGGUUUUUCCAUUGGGUUGGUCAGUGUUCCGGUUAUGAACACAAUACGAUUACAUACAAUGCGGUUGCGAGGGUACUUGCGUGGGCUGAUUCGAUAGGGGAGUUUUGGAGUAUGAUUGAGGAGAUGAAGGCUGCAGGUCAUGAGCUGGAUUUGGACACUUACAUAAAGAUUACGCGGCAGUUUCAGAAGAGCAGGAUGAUGGAGGACGCGGUGAAGCUGUAUGAGCUCAUGAUGGACGGCCCUUAUAAACCUUCUACUCAGGAUUGCAGCAUGCUUUUAAGGAGCAUCUCAGGGAGUGAUAAACCGGAUCUGGAUAUGGUUUUUAGAGUUGCAAAGAAGUUCGAGUCUGCAGGGAAUACACUCUCCAAGCCUGUUUACGAUGGGAUUCACAGGUCUUUGACAGGCGCAGGACGAUUUGAUGAAGCAGAGGAAAUUAUGAAGGUUAUGAGAAAUGCAGGGUACGAGCCGGACAACAUUACAUACAGCCAAUUGGUCUUUGGACUUUGUAAGGACAAGAGACUUGAAGAAGCCUGCAAUGUGUUGGAAGAAAUGGAAGCAGACGGACACGUCCCUGAUAUCAAGACUUGGACCAUUUUGAUUCAAGGGCAUUGCGCUGCUGAUGAAGUUGACACAGCGCUGAUUUGUUUCGCAAAGAUGAUGGAAAAAGGAUGUGAUGCGGAUGCUGAUCUGAUGGACGUGUUGAUAGAGGGGUUCCUUAGGCAGAGGAAGAUAGAUGGUGCAUAUAAACUGCUUGGCGAAAUGGUGAAAAAAGCUCGUUUAGUACCUUGGCAAGCCACAUACAAAAAUCUUAUCGAAAAUUUGUUAGAGGUCAGAAAACUCAAAGAAGCAUUCGAACUUCUUCAUUUGAUGAAGAAACAGAACUACCCACCUUAUCCAGAGCCUUUCGUCCAAUAUAUAUCGAAGUCUGGUUCUGUGGAGGAUGCUGCAGACUUUUUCAAGGCAUUGACUGUUAAGGAACAUCAAUCAUCUGCAGCGUAUGUCCAUGUUUUGAAAGCAUUCUUUAAGGAAGGUAGAUACACCGAGGCCAAAGAUCUGCUUCAUAAAUGCCCUCAUCAUAUUCGAAUGCAUGGUGAAAUUUGCAAGCUUUUUGGUUCUAGGGAAGGCAAGCAGAAGCGGAAUACUACAGAAGAUGGAGGCAAGCAGAAGCAAACUAGUAAGGAAGGCAAGCGGAAGCAGACUACUACCGAAGGCAAGCAGAAGCGGACUAAUACUUGACUUGUACACAGAUAGUUUCUUGUUGUAAUUUCAUGGUUAAACCCAUGAGUUUUGUAACCUCUACUCAUUUUUCAAGCCUACCAUACAAUGUUCUUAAAAUCUAAUGAAUCAACUAAGUUUUCCAGACAA